ACAACAACAACAGAUGGAUUCGAAUUACCACACGUCGUCGAGGAAUUUUAACGCAAAUCAACAACAACAGCAAGAAAAAGUAGAAGAACGGCGGAACGGCCAGCCAAAGCCGUAGCAGCAGUGCGAGAGCUAGACUAAAUUUAAACCCUCUCGCCACGGCCGCCGGCAGUUUGUGAAUUGUGACACAGAGCAUCGAAAGCCGCCAGUGAUUCAGUGUGCGCUUGUGUGUUGACGACACGGGGAAAACGUCACGAGAAAGUCGCGCAGGGGAGGGAUAAGGGGAAGAGCGAGUGCGCGCAGGGCUGGGGAAAGUGAGCGAGUGACAGAAGAAAUAGUUGAAAUCUAUCUAAGAAUAGUCCGUUUUGGCCACUUCUAGGCAACAUAAAAUUAUAAUAGCGAAAAUAUAUCGCAAUUUCUUCACUUUUUUUUUGUAGGACGGGCAAAAGCGAAAUUCGCCGCGUGUGUGUUGUUGAGACGAGAGAAGGUUGUGUUGGCGAUGUGUUUAUUUUUAGUAAUCGAUCACACUUUUUUUUCGGUGUAGAAUCCAGAGAAAGAGAGUGAAAAUAGCGCAAAGCAGGGAAGAGAAAAAUAGAGCAAGUGUCUCGACGUUAGUCCUCCUGCGAAGAGAGGACGCCGCGUGACAGGUUGUUUUGCUCCCGCAAGUGAAUCCAGCGAAAAAUAGCAAGAAAAAGGGUGUUUUUGUGAUGAAAAUAUCUUCCACAGAUCGCGACCAAUCAUCCGAAAUCGGCACCGAUUGAUCCGAGAGAGUGAAGGAGAAAAACGAAGAUCAAAAGUGAACGGCCGUUGAACGAAGCUUCGUCGAACACCGCCAAGAAGCGCCACCUGGGCGAGUGAUUGAGUGAUUUUGUCGUCUGUUUUUUGUUGAGUGCUCCACGUGGAAUCCAGUAUGGCAUCGGCUAGAUCCGCACAAGAUCAUCCUCCGAUCACCGGAUCCGGCAGCCGCAGUUAGCAGUGUCCAAUCUGGAUGAAUCCUCCGCACUACAGCGCUACGUCAAAUUCUGCACAACUAGUCUUAACUCACCGGAAGUAAUCACAAACUAAACUGACAGCCGUGAACCGUGAAUCGUUCUCCGUGACAAACUUUCGCGCGUCUUCGUGUUUCUACACUUGAUCUUCAACCCUCUAUUCUAUCUCGCGUUUCCUCGAUCGAUCGAUUGACCGCUCAACAACUGCUCCAGACUCAUCUCUUCCAACUCGCCUCCGUCGCUACCGAGAAACGUCUGCAGAUCGGCAUCGAGACCUAGUCGCAGCUCACAAUCCUACUGCCAACCGGAGACCGCCGUACGGGUUCGGACUUCUUUCGUGAUCGCUUCGCACAUCUUGGCUCCCAGAGCACCGUGUAGCAACUGUAGAGUAGUUGUUCAACACUAAUUCGCCACCUGCAUUUUGAAACUGCACUGCACGGAACCUCCUUCCCUAAUCCCUGUGACUCCCUGGUCCUCGCCUAACCCACUCUCAAUUCGGUGGCUGACUUUGCGGGUUGUGCUUCCAACUGUAGUCCUAACUCUGUACUCUAACGGCUCCAGUGUUGUAUUGCUGUAGUGUUGUUGUUGUUCGUGGUGGUGGUGGUAGACUCGGUUGAUCUCGAUCGCUUGCGCUAGUCCUAGAAGGCACUUCAUCUCCACCAAGGUAGUCUCCAAUUGGCAGCAUACUCCAGCACUUGUCCGGCGUCUCUGACAGUACUAACGACCAAACCCUUGCACUUUCCCAUCCUGCACCAUGGCAACUCGGGGUUUCAGCGUCCGCACUACGUUAGGAUACGGCUUUGGCGUCCUCCUCGUGAUCGCAUUAUCAGCGGCAACAGCGUCAGUAAAUAAUGGUGUCAGUAACGGCACCCCGGCGAAUCAGUCGGAUCGUGCGGCUGCCGUCCCAGCAGGGCACCACAUCAAGGACGACGACACGUUCUGCGAGGACGGAUUGCUCCUGAAGGUGUGGGAACCGCAGGACAAUCUGACCACCGGCGACCGUUUCGCCCGCGGUAUGGUGUACUUCUUCGCACUGCUUUAUCUGUUCAUCGGUGUGUCGAUCGUCAGUGACCGUUUUAUGGCAGCUAUUGAAGUUAUAACAUCGAAGGAGAAGGAGGUCCGGGUGAAGAAACCGGGCGGCGAAGAGCAAAUCGUCGUCGUCCGCGUUUGGAACGAGACGGUUGCCAAUCUAACACUGAUGGCACUCGGCUCCAGCGCACCUGAGAUUCUGUUGUCAAUCAUUGAAAUCGUAGCGAAAAACUUCAAUGCUGGUGACUUGGGUCCUGGCACCAUCGUCGGUUCGGCUGCCUACAAUCUCUUCGUUAUCAUAGCAAUUUGCGUCCUGGUUAUACCCGACGGGGAGGUACGCAAAAUUAAACAUCUACGGGUAUUCUUCGUGACAGCGACUUGGUCUGUAUUUGCUUACAUCUGGCUUUACCUCAUCCUGGCACAGAUCACCCCAGGGCGCGUAGAUGUUUGGGAAGGUUUGCUCACGUUUAUGUUUUUCCCCGCCACCGUAGUGACGGCCUACAUCGCUGACCGGAGACUACUGAUCUACAAGUACAUUGGCAAGCAGUACCGCAUGAACAAGCGUGGCGUCAUCGUCCAGGUAGAGGCCGAGUCGGCGCUUGAGAUGAAUAAUCGGGACGAGAAAUUGAAUACUAUCGAUGAGAACGGCGGCAUUACCGAGGAGGUCCGCGAUUUCGAAGAGUCACGUCGGGAGUACAUUUCCACCUUGAAAGAUCUACGCAAGAAGUAUCCCCAGCAUGAUCUCGAACAGCUUGAGAUAAUGGCCCAAGAACAGUUGAUGAACAAAGGACCCAAGUCGCGGGCAUUCUACCGCAUCCAGGCAACUCGCAAGAUGAUGGGCAGUGGUAACAUUAUGCGAAAGAUCUCCGAACGGGCGCAGUCGGAUCUGAGCGAGGUCAAGGCCGAGCUGCAGCGCGUAGACGUCGACGAGGCGAUCGAAGAGGACGCCAUCUGCAAGGUGUUCUUCGAGCCGGGGCACUACACGGUCAUGGAGUCGGUCGGGUCGUUCGAUGUGCGCGUCGUGCGUCGCGGCGAUUUGUCUUCCGCGGUUACGGUCGACUACGAAACGGAGGACGGUUCGGCCGAGGCCGGUUCCGAUUACAUCGGCAAGAAGGGUACCCUCACGUUCCCACCGGGGGUCGACGAGCAGCGCUUCCAGAUCGAAGUCAUCGAUGAUGACGUGUUCGAACAGGAUGAACACUUCUACAUCCGGUUGAGUAACGUCUCGGAGCCGGCGACGCUUUCGACGCCCAAAGUGGCUACCGUUAUGAUCCUGGACGACGAUCACUCGGGUAUCUUUGCGCUGGCCAGCAAGGACCACGAGUUGGUCGAAUCGGUCGGUGUGUACGAGCUGAAGGUGCAACGGUACAGUGGAGCCCGCGGUCGCGUGCGGGUCCCGUACUGGACCGAGGAUGGUACCGGCAAGGCCGGCAAGGAUUACGAGGAGCAACGCGGCGAGCUGAUCUUCGAGAACAACGAAAUUGAAAAAACCAUCCAGCUCGUCAUCAUCGAGGAAGGCAGCUACGAGAAGGAUGUACUGUUCUACGUCAACCUCGGCGAGCCGCAGCAAAUUGGAGACGACGAACUGACAGGCCUCAUCGAGGCGGCAGAAUCGAAAGCCCCCGAGGAUCUUACGGAGGAGGACAAGAUGGCACUGCUCGGCAGGCCCAAGGCCGGUGAUAUUGUCAGGGCACAACUUAGGAUAAAAGAAAGUAAAGAAUUUAAGGUAAGUGAAAGCGAAAAAAAAAUUAACACUGUUUAAGUAUAUUUUUUGGGA